GUGACCCUGGGAGCCACCGGGGUGGUCAGGAGGCCCUGGAGUGACCGCACAUCGUCCCCACAGGUGGGUCAAGCUGCCUACUCGGCCUCCAAAGGUGGCAUCGUGGGCAUGACGCUGCCCAUCGCCCGGGACCUGGCGCCGCUGGGCAUCCGCGUGGUCACCAUCGCCCCAGGGCUGUUCUCCACCCCGCUGCUGGCCGGUUUGCCUGAGAAAGUGCGCAAGUUUUUGGGGCAGCAAGUGCCUUUCCCGUCGCGGCUGGGGGAUCCUGCCGAGUACGCGCACC